AUGAACAUGUAUGCAUCAUUCAAUUUUUGGGGUCAAUUCAAUCACCAAGCAUCUCAAGGGCACGGAAAUGGCCUUCAAUUGGCCUCUCCAGGAGGCUUGAUUCAAGGUUUCAAUAACCACUUUGGGAUUAUGGAUACUACAGAAAACUCCAAAUCAAAAUACAAACACAACUUGGAACAACCAUCCAAACCAUUGAGAAAAGAUGGUUGUUCUCUUUUGCCAUCACAGCAAGCUGGUGGCUCCUGGUCUAAUCAUGGGGCAUGGGAUUACAACCUACACCAUGGUGGUCUAAUUCUGCUUCCAAUUGCAAAGGUCUUUGGUGAAAAUAAUCACCAUCUGGCUCUAGCAAAAGCGCAGUUGCAACCCCUGAUGGAGAUUGUCUGGGUCAAUGGCAAGAUUGACACCUUGACUGACCAACUGGCUACAAUCACCAGGGUGGUAAUUGCACUUGCAUCUGCAUCUGAAAUUGCACCAGCAAAGGCACAAGCUCACACUGUAGCUAAUCCAGUGAACAGCUCAGCCACCCCAGUUGAACCCACCCCACGCAAAGAAUGGGCCUCUAGCAAGAAACUUUAG